CAACAUUUCAGUAUCUUCCUCGAGCCCGAUCGCGACGGAAUCCCUGAAAUUGUCUGCGAUUCUCGACCAUCACUUUUAAGGCAGUUUUGUAAUAGAACUUUGUGCUGAGGCCUCGCUGAGAGGAGAUUCUCCCUUCGGAGUGGAAGAGAAAAAGGGAAAACCAAGAUGGACGACAUGGAAAUGCGGGUGUGGUGCCCCCUGCCGAGUUAUUGCUAUAAUUCCCCGAUAUGUACCGAGAGGUCGCUCCGAGAAGUUUACUUAUCUCACCUGGCAUGGACUUUUCCUAUUAGACGACCCUCUAACCCCCCUAAAUAUGAUAAACCGGCUUAUUCGUACAUAGCAUUAAUCGCAAUGGCGAUAAACUCGAGCCCGACUAAGAGACUAACACUUUCCGGGAUUUAUCGAUACAUCAUGGAGAGAUUUCCGUAUUACAGAGAGAAUAAGCAAGGCUGGCAAAAUAGUAUACGGCAUAAUUUGAGCUUAAACGACUGCUUCGUGAAAAUCCCUCGUGCCAAGGUAGAUCCUUGCGAAAUUAAGGAAACUGCCGGGAAAGGAAGUUACUGGACUCUAGACCCUUCCGCCUCGGAGAUGUUCGAACAUGGAAAUUAUCGGCGGCGACGCGCGCGCCGCCAGCGGACCGCCUCGCAACUUAAACCUACCCAGUGUCGCCUUUCGUCGGUUAACCCUGAAAUCGCAGAGGGAAAAAUUUCCAAUACUUCUGCAGAUGCGGAAAACGAGGUAGAUGCCACGAGAAAACGAAAUAGGAUUUUUGGAAAGGACUGCGCAGACUUCGAAGGACGUUUUCGCAAGACCACGAUGUUCACCAUCGAUAACAUCUUGAAGAAAUCGUUCGACGCAGUGGCCAAAAGAUAACUAUAGUUCCUUUCAAAUUAAUCGGUAAUUAACAC